UUGUGGUUGCGCUUGGGUGGGCAUCUGUGACGAAGGUCUCGAUUUUUCUAAUUUUGCUGGAUAUCAACCACAUGGAUGGGUUUUGGGCUCAGGUGGAUACUACAACCAUAAUAGUCAAGGUAUUAAAGACAUUCCAACCUUCAUACAGGAUAAUGUGAAAAUUACUGUGCACCUAAACAUGAAUAGUAAGACGGUCGCAUUUUCAGUCAACGGUGAAAGAUAUCUACCACUUCCACCAUGGACCAAUCUCCCAUCAAACCUUUAUUUUGUCGCUUCACUCGUCUAUCCGGGAAAAUUUAGGAUUUUAGCACCAGAGGAUUAA